AUGUUGUGGGUGGACAAGUACCGACCAAAAACCCUAGACAAGGUCAUAGUGCACGAGGAUGUAGCCCAAAAUCUCAAGAAACUGGUCGCAGAGCAAGAUUGCCCCCAUUUAUUGUUCUAUGGCCCGCCUGGUUCGGGCAAGAAAACCCUAAUCAUGGCCUUACUCAGACAGAUGUUCGGGCCUGGUGCAGAAAAGGUGAAGGUAGAGAACAAGACAUGGAAAAUCGAUGCUGGAACUAGAACUAUCGAUCUGGAGCUUACAACUUUAGCAAGCACAUAUCACGUGGAACUAAAUCCUAGUGAUGCAGGGUUUCAGGAUAGAUAUAUUGUCCAAGAGAUUAUAAAAGAAAUGGCAAAGAACAGACCAGUUGACACAAAAGGGAAGAAAUGCUUUAAAGUGCUGGUGCUUAAUGAGGUUGACAAACUCUCAAGAGAAGCUCAGCAUUCUCUUCGGCGAACAAUGGAGAAAUACAGUGCAUCAUGCCGCCUAAUUCUAUGUUGCAACAGCUCAUCAAAGGUUACUGAAGCAGUACGUUCUCGAUGUCUUAACGUCCGGAUAAAUGCACCAACUGAGGAACAGGCAUGUGCAUUUGAUGCAAGAAUAGUUUUUCCUACUGUUGGAGACUGCUUAUUUGAAGAUUUUUGUUCUGGUCAUGUUAGGCAAAAUAGCCUUCUUGAAAUGUUUGUGGGCAUUCAUGCUUUAAGCGAAGAAAAGUUUUUGCACUUAGAUGUUGUGGCUGGCAUCACAAGUUUGUCUGAAAUUGUCAAAGUGUUAGAGUUCAUUGGCAAGAAAGAAGGGCUGCAGCUUCCAUCUGGGUUUUCUGCCCGCAUAGCAGAAAAGUCAAAUCGGAGUUUAAGGAGGGCUAUUUUGGCAUUUGAGACUUGCCGUGUUCAACAGUUAAGCUCUGUUAUACCUCUAUUACUACCUGACAAUUUCAAGCAACUUUUGGCUCUAUUAUAUCCUUUUGCAACCAACCAAACCAUACCUCCAAUGGACUGGGAGGAGUAUGUUUCUGAGAUAGCAUCAGACAUAAUGAAGGAGCAAAGCCCUAAAAGGUUGUUCUCUUAUGCUUUUACUUGGAUACUCGGCUUAAGCAUGGGACCUGUGGGACUCAGGGAUGCAUCUUGUGCAUGCCUUGAAUAUGUUGACAUAUCAUCAAAAGAGCACAGUAUUAUCUUUUCUGUUCCUCAGAUCUGUGGGUGGUUAGGAGAGGAGCUAAGUGUGACGGCCCACCUUGCCUAA